UGUCAGAUAGGUCUGUUUCUCUCCACGGUGUCCGCCCAAUUAAAAUUCACCUUUCUCCCCGUGACCGUACGACUACCUGUGCCUUUUUCCUCUCUCUUCAAUGCCCUUUUUCUCUCUCUCUAAAGUAUAUGUAUCUGCGUCUGCAAUAUAGGGUUUAUGACCUCUUCCUACCUUGCAAAACCCUAAUUUUUUUAACCCAUGAAUAAUUCUUUUAGGUGCUGGUGGUAUAUUUAGAAUCACGCGAUGGAUGGAACAAUCAACAAUGAAGGAAGUGGUGGAGGCAGUGGGGAUGCUUCAACUAGUGGCACUGGUGGAGCACAAGCGCCUGCUGCUCCGGAGCCAAUUUCGGCGCAGGCAAAUGCACCGCCGCCGUUUCUAAGCAAGACUUAUGACAUGGUAGACGACCCCGCGACGGACGCGAUCGUUUCCUGGAGUCCGACGAAUAACAGCUUCGUGGUUUGGAACCCACCAGAAUUCGCGCGCGACCUGCUACCCAAGUAUUUCAAGCACAACAACUUCUCCAGCUUCGUUAGGCAGCUCAACACCUACGGUUUCCGGAAGGUUGAUCCAGACCGCUGGGAAUUUGCCAAUGAGGGAUUCUUGAGGGGUCAAAAGCACCUACUUAAGAGUAUUAGUCGACGAAAACCUGCUCAUGGACAUGCUCAUCAACCGGUACAAAAACCUCACGGACAAAACUCAUCUGUGGGUGCCUGUGUUGAGGUUGGGAAAUUUGGGCUGGAGGAAGAGGUUGAGAGGCUUAAGAGGGACAAGAAUGUGCUUAUGCAAGAACUUGUUAGGUUGAGGCAGCAGCAACAGGCUACUGAUGGCCAAUUGCAAGCCAUGGUACAGCGACUUCAAGGGAUGGAGCAGCGGCAGCAACAAAUGAUGUCUUUCCUGUCAAAGGCUAUGCAAAGCCCUGGCUUCUUGGCUCAGUUUGUACAGCAGCAAAAUGAAAGCAAUAGACGCAUAACAGAAGCUAACAAAAAACGAAGGCUCAAACAAGAUGGUAUUUCUGAGAAUGAGAAUUCUAGUGCUCCUGAUGGCCAAAUUGUGAAGUACAAGCCUCUGAUAAAUGAUGCAGCAAAAGCCAUGCUGAGGCAAAUGAUGAAAAUGGAUGCUUGUUCCGGGAUUGAAUCUUAUAACAAUGGUCUUGAAGUUUUCCUAAUUGGCAGUGGCUCACCAUCAUCCAGCGGAAUGGAGAGUGGGAGGUCUUCAAGCCAUAUAUCAGAGGUGACUCUUCAAGAGGUCACACCAACUACAGGUGAUUCAACCUAUGUACCAGUAGCUUCAGGGCAUGACCCUGCAGCUUCCAUUUCAGAAAUAAAAUGCACUCCAUGCAUUCCCAGUUCUGAAAAGAUAACAGCUUCUCAGCUUCCUGAUAUGAGUGCACUGGUUGGAUCACAAGAGGCACCCUCCAUUUCUGUUCCUCAGUCAGAUGUAGUCAUGCCAACGCUCUCCCAAAUACCAGAAAUGGUGCCUGAAAGUAUUGUUGAUAUUCCUGGCGAAGGUUAUGAGGAGCCUGAGACUGGCAAUGAUGGAUUUAUGGAUCUGACUUUAGUAGGAAUUGAAGAUGUUCCCUCAGAUCCUGAUAUUGAUAUGUUGCUUGAAAAUUCUAGCUUCUGGGAUGAACUCGUGCAAAGCCCAGUACUUGAGGAUAUUGAAUCAAGCUCUGUGGAUGGUGAAGCAAAGGGAAACGAUGUGCAGCCAAUGGACAGUGGUUGGGACAAAACUCAGCACAUGGAUCAGCUUGCAGAGCAGAUGGGACUUCUCACAUCAGAUGCUAAAAAGCUUUGAUCUGAUUUACAGAAUGUACAUCCUGCACUCUGCCCUAGGUUUAAUUAAGUCAAGCUCGAACUUGAGCAGCUUGAAUAGUGAGUUGAGCCGAGCAAGUUCAAGCAUCACAAUACUCAGCUGGAAUGGUCUGUGAGCCUAAUUGAGUAUAUAUGUUUUUGUAUAAUUUUAAGUAAUAAUUUAUAAAUUCAAGUUUGAACUCAACCUCACUCUACUUAUUCAAGAUUUAAUUUGAGAUUAGUCAAUAAUUUUAUUGGUGAUUUGAGUCAAGUUGAGCUCGAGUGUUUGCCCCGUGGUGUGGAUAUUAAUGGGUGUUUGCUCUCAUUCAAAAAUACAAUCGUUGAAUCAACUUUACUAGGCAUAGUUAUUUCGUGUAAAAAGUCUCUUUGUAAAGAGCGGAUUCAGUCAUCUAUGCGCUAAUGUUAGAAGACCAUGUGUUCAAUCAUGUUGCUGCGACUGAAAGUGAUGAAAGUGAUAUAUUUGAGAUAGCAAGCAGACCUAUUAAUCCACAAAAGGUGGAUUUUUACAUUUUUAAUGGUGUUUAAGAGCUUGAAUUGGGAAUUUACAAAAGACACAAGCUUCUUUAAAGCAGUUAGCUGCCAUAUGUUUUCUCAUUCAAUUAAUGCCUAUGCUAUUACGAUGAUUAUCAUUGUAAAGUACAUCUUGGGUAGAGUAUAGAUAUUGUGCAAGCAAAUGGGUUUCUAGAGGAAAUGUAAAUGAAAGGGGAAAGCCCUUCAGUUGGAACUUAUAGUUGCAUAUAUUCAUGGUCUUUGUAGAGCUGGUUGUUUUAUCUAGGAUUUGAGAAUCAUAUAUUCUACAUAUAAGAAGUUGAAUUCAGCAAUUCCAAUAAACAGAAAAAGUUGCAGACAAUAAAUAAAUAA